AUGCCUAAGGAUAACUUGAUCUUCAAGUUAGAUAAUUUGGAAUAUCAGUACAAUUACUUGAAUGGAACUUUAGAAAAUUUUCAACCUCGGUUGAAUGGUACUUCAAAAGCAUAUAAUGCCAAAGGUAAGAAAAGUUCUAAGAGAAUAUCGAAAUUACUUGAAGAGAUUAAGAUAGGAGAGGUUGAAAAACAACUCAAUGAACUGUGUACCGAUAUUUUCCAAAAGAAGACUUUCCACUUAGAUGGUAAAUUACGACAAUUUAUUGAGAAGCAAUUGAGUCAAUAUAAACCUUCGAAGAAAUCGAAGAACGAUUUUACACCUGUGAUUAAGGAUAUAAGGGAAAAAUAUGGGUUAGAAAAAUUUUCAGAGCUGAUUAGCAAAUCCAAAGUGAUAAAACUUUCGUUAUCCAAGAUAAACCCCACAAGGGAACCGCCCAAAUGGUUUACCGAGCAUGAAUUUUGGAAAAUUCAUAACGAUAAGAACAAUGAAUACAAUCCAAGUAAAAUAUGGAAUGAAGUUGUGAUGAAGACUGAAGGAUGUAAUCAAUUGCUGAGCUCAUUGAUGAAUAACAACAAAUGCAAAGAACUGAUUGCAGGCUUUAAUUCAGGUAUGGAUGUGUUUUUAAAUAUCAAUAAAGGUAAGAAGGACAAGAGUAAAGAAGAUAAAGUUUCCCAGAGUGAGAAAGAGACUCAGAAGACUCAGAAGGAAGGAGAUAAUCAAGAAAGUCCAGAUGAAAAGGAAGAACAAGAUGACGAUGGCGAUGAAUCUGAUGAAAGUUCGGAGAGUCAACUACAGGAUGAAGGUGAAAACGGAGAGCUAGAUGAAGAAGUUCUCAAACAAUAUGAUGAUAUGUUGGCAGCAUCUGAUGAGGAAGAUAAUGAAGGUCUCCAAUUGGAUCCUAAUAUUAACUACAACGAAGUGACUGAUGAAGAACCAAGUGAUGAUGAGAAAGAGAGCGAAGACGAGGACGAGGACGAGAAUGAAGAUGAAGAUGAAGAUGACGGAGAGCCAGAGACUAAGAAACCAAAAUAUCAAUUACCUGAGCUAAUGGGAGGUUAUUACAGUGGUGGAGAUUCUAGUGAUGAUGAUUUGAAGAAUGACAGAAUUGCACAAGAACAAAUGUCAAACAAAGGUCAGAGAAAGAAUAGACGUGGUCAAAGAGCAAGAAGAAAAAUUUGGGAACAGAAAUUUGGUGAGAAGGCAAAUCAUGUCGUUAAAGAACGUAAUGUAUAUUUUGAAAAGAAGAGAAAGAAACAACAGGAAUUCGAAGAAAGAGAAGCAAAGCGUGCCGCCAAGGCAGCUAAGGCUUCUGAAUUUGAGAAGAAGGCUUCUCAAGAAUAUGAAAAGGGAGCAGCACGUAAAACUGAGUCCAAACCUAAAAAUGAGACUCCUGCUGCUGAACAUCCCUCAUGGAUUGCUAAACGUGAAGCAGAGGCUAAAUUGAAAAACGCCAAAUUUGAAGGUAAAAAAGUUGUUUUUGACUGA